ACUCCGCCCAUACUAAACCCAUAAAAUCCUCCCGCCAGAAUCGGUCUUCUCUCCAAGACACUGAUCACUUAGCAAAUACAUCUCAAGAUCCUGGAAAACUCAGCUCAUUUUACAGGUGAGAAAACAGAGGAAAACGGAAUUGGGAUCUGCUCAGAAUCACCGUGUCCGAGACCAGAUUUGAACUGAGUCCAGGCCUAGUACUCCAUCCACUGGGCUACCUAGCUUCAUUGUUCCCUGUUAAAUUAUAUAAUAUAAGCUCCUUGAGGGAUGGAACUGAUCCAAGACACCUCCCGGCCACCCCUGGUGAAUGUGAAGGGUGUUCCAUUAAUCAAGUACUUUGCAGAAACUCUUGAACUGGUGAAGGAUUUUCAGGCCUGGCCUGAUGAUAUUCUCAUCAGCACCUACCCCAAGUCUGGAACAACCUGGUUGAGUGAAAUUGUAGACAUGAUCCAGAAGGGGGGUGACCAGGAAAAAUGCCAACAGACUCCAAUCCAUCUCCGAGUGCCAUUUCUUGAAUUCAAGGUCCCAGGAAUCCCCUUAGGCAUAGAGACACUAAAAAACACACCUGCACCACGACUAAUCAAGACCCACCUACCUCUGUCCCUGAUCCCCCAGAGUUUCCUGGAUCAGAAAGUCAAGGUCAUCUAUGUGGCAAGAAAUGCCAAGGAUGUGGUAGUCUCCUACUAUAACUUCUACAAGAUGGCAAAGGUACACCCUGAUCCUGGGACCUGGGAGAACUUCCUGGAGAAGUUUAUGACUGGUCAAGUAUCAUACGGCUCCUGGUACCAGCACGUGGUGGAAUGGUGGGAGCUGAGCAAGCGGCAUCCAGUUCUCUACCUCUUCUUUGAGGAUGUGAAGAAGGAUCCCAAGAAGGAAAUUCAAAAGAUUGCAGAAUUUAUGGGACGGCCACUGCCAGAGGAUGUCAUAGAUAGAAUAGUCCAACAUACAUCUUUCAAGAAGAUGAAGGAGAACCCCAUGACCAACUAUAGCACCAUCCCUUCUGAAAUCAUGGACCACUCUAUCUCUCCCUUCAUGAGGAAGGGUAUUGUUGGAGACUGGAAGAACACCUUCACUGUAGCCCAGAAUGAGAGGUUUGAUGCUGACUAUAAAAAGAAGAUGUCUGGCUCAGAUCUUCACUUUCAAAAUGAGCUCUGAAUGACAACAGGAAGAAAGGGUCAUCAAACCCAUACUUCUGUUAUCAGCCCCCAGUUUUUCUGGCCUAAUAAAUUUUUUGGCAUGCAAAACUAGCUCCCCUUUAUUCUAGUAGGAAAAAAACCUGACCAUUAUAAAAGCUUUAUUAUAUGCUUAGCUAUUAUAAACAAA